AUGAACAGCUAUAAAUGUAGGUCAGCAGCAAGAGGGCCGACAAGCUGCGCCUGCCUCCCGGUCACCUUUGUCCUCUGCGCCAACGCCGCGGACGCCAGCCGAAAACUGUUCGCCGUCGCUAACCGUCAGUCCCGUCGGACGCUGGUCAUGCGAGUUCUUCUCGUGCUCGCGUGCACGGCCCUCGUCGCCGUCGCCUUCAAAUCCGGUGGACCUCUCAAGACCAAGAAGUACAAGUGCAUUGAGGUUGCCGAGGACGAGGAGAUUCAGAUUGUCAAGAAAAAGGUGUGCUACCUUUUCACGUUGGAAAUUCAGGAAUUUGGGUGAAAAGUGCUGCAAAAGUUUUAGUGCCUGAGGUGCACAUUAAAAAAUCCAUUCCAGUAAAUUUAUUCGCUAAAAGCAAAAGGGUAGGAAAAACCAAAAAAAUCUUUUGGAAUAUGAGAAGAGAGUUUGGAGAAAGUAUUCUUUAGAGCUCAAUGUAUUUUACUUUCGUUUACUCAUAGUCAAAUUUUAUGUAGGAAUAUCAUUGUGGUGCGUCAGAUAGUGCUUUGGCUGAUUUCUCUUCCCAAAGUUCCUGAUUAACCUUAAAAAAACCUUAAAAGUACCAAAGAAAUGAAGGACGUUUGUAUACCAUCAAUUAACUUCAUUUAAUAAAAUUAGUUUAGGGAAAUACAAAAAAAAAUUCAAAAAGCGAUUUCGUGCUAAUUUUUCGUAUGUGACCUUUUUUUCGAUUGAGCAGCUUUUUCAUCUCGUUACCACAGAAAUAAAGGAAACGUCGAAAAUUGAGAGAAAAAUAGAUUGACGUUGUAAGGAAAUUUUUAAAAAAACUUGCAAUGGAGUGAAUUUAAACUUCUUUGAGUGGAACAAUAAUGAACGUUCAUAACUUACCAAACCAUUAAAUUUUUUCACACGAUUUUCCUAUCCUAUUCUGUUCACUGAAUCUCUUUUCAUUGUUUUAUCAAACUUUUCUAAACUAUAAAGAUCAGUUUCUCAGGAAGCGCCAAUGUCCAAAUAUCCCUGGAAGGCGGAAGAAGAGAAAAUGCGGCGGAUCGCGUCUGCCCGAGUGGCAACGGAAAGCGAAACUGAAGACAUUGAGAUGCCUCAGGCCAAACGAGUCAGUUUUGAUUUUUUUUAAACGAUAAAGUAACAUUGAAUGAAUUAAGGUUAACGAUAAGAAAGUGAUCGCGACGACGCCACCCACCAUUUCUGACGUCCAACGAGACUCCAAAGGACGGCCGCUGAUUUUAUCUCCUGAGCACUGCAAGCAGGUAAACUCACCAAAAGAUGUUCCAGUGAUAAAACAUCCACGAUUCCAGGUGAAACAUUACGCUAACAUGUAUGGCGUAACGGACGUUCUCGGCUGGGUCAAGUCCAACUGUACCUUUGCCAAAAUGUACGUCCCUGGGGCAACUUGCGAGGAAAUCAACAUCCUCGUGGCGUCUUGUUACACCAACAAAAACUUGUAA